CGCUAGGGCGGGCCGUCGGGCGGUGGGUGACCGCCAGUAACCCUGCCGCCGAGGCGAAGGCAGCUCAGCGCAGGUCACCUGUUGCCCCCGGCUCGGGGCUGCAGCAUCGCGGAGCGGCGGCGAGCGGAAUUCCUGGGGAGCGGGGCCGUGUCCAUGGAGCCGGAGCGGGCGCGGGGCCGGGCGGCGGCGGCGGGGGGGCUGAAGGCGGCCGCCGCUGCUGCUGCUGCUGCUGCUCCUCUCGCCCGGCUCGGCCCAUGAGCGCGACCCGAGGCCGCGGCGGCGCGGUGGCUAUGGACCCCUUCGAGGGCCUGUUCAACCCGGAGGCCGUGGAGCGGGAUGGCGGCGGACCAGGCAGCCCGGGCCCCGACUCCGGCCUCGGCCUCGGGCCCGCAGCCGGGCCGUUCUGGACGGCGGUGUUCGAGUAUGAGGCAAGCGCCGAGGACGAGCUGAGCCUGCGGCGGGGAGACGUGCUGGAGGUGCUGUCCACCGACGCCAAGGUGUCGGGCGACGAGGGCUGGUGGACGGGCAAGAUCGGCGAGCGGGUCGGCAUCUUCCCGGCCAAUUAUGUGACCCACCAGCCGGCGCGGCCCAGGCCGAAGGCGGGCGAGCAUGGAGGACAGGCCGGGGCCCAGGCCACCGAGAUCGAGUUCAGCCAGCUGAGCCUGCAGGAGAUUAUCGGCGUGGGCGGCUUCGGCAAGGUGUACCGUGGCACCUGGCGGGGGCAGCCCGUGGCCGUGAAGGCGGCCCGCCGCGACCCUGACGAGGAGGCCGGCGCCAUGGCCGAGAGCGCCCGGCGGGAGGCCAGGCUCUUCUCCAUGUUGCGGCACCGCAACAUCAUCGCGUUGCGCGGGGUCUGCCUGCAGGAACCCAACCUGUGCUUGGUGAUGGAGUACGCGCAGGGAGGCCCCCUCAACCGAGCGCUGGCCGGCCGCCGCAUCCCGCCCCGCACCCUCGUCAACUGGGCCGUGCAGAUCGCCAGGGGCAUGAGCUACCUUCACGCCGAGGGCAUCGUGCCGAUCAUCCACCGAGAUCUCAAGUCCAGCAAUAUUUUGUUAUUCGAGAAGAUUGAGAACGAUGACAUAGCUAACAAAACACUGAAGAUCACGGAUUUUGGCUUGGCCAGGGAGUGGCAUAAAACAACUAAAAUGAGUGCUGCUGGAACCUAUGCUUGGAUGGCACCUGAGGUUAUCAAAUCCUCCUUGUUUUCCAAAGGCAGUGAUGUUUGGAGCUAUGGUGUAUUGCUCUGGGAGCUGUUGACAGGAGAGGUCCCUUAUCGUGGGAUUGAUGGCCUUGCAGUGGCUUAUGGAGUAGCUGUCAACAAACUAACCCUUCCUAUUCCGUCUACGUGUCCUGAACCUUUCACCAAACUAAUGGAAGAGUGCUGGGACCAGGAUCCUCAUAUCCGUCCAUCUUUUGCUACCAUUUUGGAACAACUCACUGCUAUUGAGUCCACAGUCAUAACCGAUAUGCCCCAGGAGUCAUUUCAUUCCAUGCAGGAUGAUUGGAAGAUGGAAAUACAGCAGAUGUUUAAUGAACUAAGGACAAAGGAAAAAGAGUUGCGGUCACGAGAGGAGGAGCUGACCAGGGCUGAGUUACAGCAGAAGUCCCACGAGGAGCUGCUGAAACGCCGGGAGCAGCAGUUGGCAGAACGGGAGAUCGAUGUACUGGAGCGUGAGCUGAACAUUCUCAUCUUCCAGAUGAACCAAGAGAAACCAAAAGUGAAGAAAAGAAAAGGCAAGUUCAGGAAAAAUCGGCUAAAGCUAAAAGAUGGAAACCGAAUCAGUUUGCCUUCAGAUUUUCAGCACAAGAUCACCGUUCAGGCCUCUCCAACUCUUGACAAGCGGAAAAGUUUGAAUGGCAGCAGCUGCAGUCCGCCAAGUAGCCCAACCAUCAUCCCUCGGCUCCGAGCUAUACAGCUUACCCUUGAUGAGAGCAAUAGAACGUGGGGUAAAAGCACAGUCUACCGUCAGGAAGAUUAUGAUGAAGAGGUACAGAAAACUUGCAAGAAGAAAGGGCGAACCUGGGGACCUAGUUCUAUGCAAACCAAGGAGCGGACCAGUUGUGAGGAAAGGACAAGGCCUUUAUCAGAUGGAAACAAUCCAUGGUCUGCAAGUUUGUUGAAGACUCCAACUUUACCUCUGACUUCAGUUUUUGCAAAUAUUGCGGACCAGGGGAUUGUGUCUGAGCAGACUCAAGCAGCUGAAGAUUCUGAAAAUCGACCAAAGCAGUCCAAAUUACCUAAUCAGGUGUAUAUUGAUCUACCUCUUCGUAAAGAUCAUCAGGGAGAGGGAGACGGUGGCAGCGAAAGCCAGGAGGAGGUGAUGACGACGCCUGCCAGCUCGGCCAAUAGCACUCCACAGGUCACUCCCACAAACAGCCUGAAGCGAUUAAUUCAGAGGAAAAAAACCGAUAUGGUGCUGUAUGGCUGUGCUGUGCUGCUUGCAUCUGUGGCCUUAGGGUGUGACGUCAGGGAGGUGAAUAAAUCGCUUGUCUCGGAGGAAAUUGAAGUCAAGGAGGAGAAGAGGAAGAAGGAGGGGCUUUUUCAGAGAACCAGCAGGUUCCGCAGAAGCACCAGUCCUCCGAACAGGACAGUCUCCAAGAAGGACGAGGCCAACAUUCCCUCACUGAACUCGCAUGCCGUUAAUCUCUUGUCAAUGUCUUCCAUUUCCGAAUGUAAUUCCACCAGGUCCUUGCUCCGGUCGGACAGUGAGGAUGUACCCACCUUCAACACGCCACCCACUCCUGUCACCAACCUCAAUAAACAAGAACUCUUGACUGACAAUCCUUUGAACAGUUCCAUUAACGGGGUACACAAGAACCUAGAUGAGUCGCCUUUGUCAGACAUUGAGUGUUUGAAAGAGUGCAGUACUGUGCCUGCAGAGGGAGCUGCUGAGCCCAUAUCUCUCUCUGGCCAGAUGCCAUCAGAAGGAAGCCCAGCCACUAAUGGAGUUGCUGACUUCAGUCCACGUAGAGAGUCUGAGUUUCCACGUCUUCCAGACCCCAAGUCCCUGUACCCGUCAUCCACAAAGAGAAGGACUCCCAAAAGGGAUGUGCUGCCUGAGAGACCAAAAUCUGGGGAUGCUUUACCCAGGCCCCGGCCAUUCCUGCCCCUAAUCAGAACGGACCCCUGGCUAUAUGUGUCUCGCUCAAACAGCCAGAACGAGUCCACGGAAACUUCAGGAGAUGCCACUGUGCCCACUUUGGACGCAAUCCUCACUGCUGAUCAAUGCCCCAGAUUGCCUAUUGGUGCCUGUUCGCUACUUGACAUGGACGUUGAAGGCCAAAGCCAGGAUGGCACGGUUCCCCUCUGCAGGGACGGAUCCCAGCCCAGCAGAUCCAGCAGCUUCGAACUGGAGAAAGAGUUUAUGUUUUAGCACUCACUGCCUUGGAGAUGGGACUAUGCAUCCGUUCCUUUUUUAUUUAGAAGAGCAAUUUCAUGAAUGCAUUGAACCUUGUUUGGUAAGAACAUAUGUGAACAGAAUGUAUAUCUUUUUUCUGGGCAUUUUCUAUUGUAGGCCCACGUGGUCCCACCUGAUCUGACCAGAUGCGGAAGGUCAUCCAUCUCACGCCUUAGCUCUCUUGGUUAACACCCUACCUUCACAUCCUGGAUCUGAGCUGGAUUUGAUCUGGGGAUACUGGUACAUGAGCACUACUUGUCCUGCACUGGUUGCCAGAUUUGAGAAAGGAAGAUCAAUUUACUCUAUGUGAAACUGGAAGAUCAGUUUUGCGUGUAGCCCAUGGUAUUUUGCACUUUGAAUAUCAAAAUUUAAUCUUUAGUCAUUUCCAGCAGCAUGCUUCAUAUUUAAAAUAGAAGACUAGUGAAGGUGACUGGUGGUUUGCUUUAAGAAACUUGAUUAGUUUGCAUUGACCCGUACCAUGAGUUAUGGAUGUUAUCUGGAGUAUUGACUUGACGUGUUUUCUUGCUUGCUGUCUUAAAUUUUAUCUGGUAGAGUGUGAACUGAUCUGUGUAGCGGCAGUAUCCUUUUUAUUUGCUCACUGGCUGUGGAUGUCAUUGGCAAUAUCAGCAAAUAUUGUCCAAUCUUAAUUGCCCCAGAAAUGAGGAUGGAAUUCAUAAGUUAGACCAGGUGAAGAUGGCAGAUGUUCAUCCUGAACAAAUGCCAGUUAAUCAGAUGGGCUUUUAUGACAAUCUGGUCGAUAUCCAGUCAAAUUACUUGUUGCUGUAAUUAAUUUCAAUUGCAGAUUUAUUUAAUUACUUGAAUUUAUACCCUAGGUUGCUGUGGUGGGGUUCAAAUUCAUACCUCUGGAUACUAGUCCAGCCACAACAACAAUGUUACUGUCCCCAUUACAGCUGUCCCACAAGUAUCUCCUCAAAUGAUCUGUCUUGCUCAGUUUUAGUGCUAUGCAAGUUCAGUUAAAUGAAUCUUCAUUAUGCAUUAUUAAUUAAAUGUGCUCCAAAAUCUAAGAGUUCUUUGCCCAGAUUCUCAAAGAUUCUUUGUCAAAAAGAAACCAUUAAUGAAGUUCCCACACAUGGCUUGUAAAUAAAUUGUCACUCUGCCACACUGCCCCAGAACAUCCCUGGUUAAACUGAUCUGAGGCAGAUCUCGGUAAACUGCUAACAAGCUCUGCACUUGUGAUCACUGUGUGGUGUGUCCUGAUCUGAGUGCUGGUAAAAUGGAAUUGGAACGUGUUCUCGUACGCAUAUUGUUAACUGUUGGCCCACACCAAACUCCAGCUAUUUAGGCAAUGGAUUGCCCUUGGAACUAUCUGUCAGGGAGGAAACACAUACCUUUAGAGAAAAGAUGUUCCAAGCUUGGGAAAUAAAAAUAUUAUUUGUACUGAGUAAACAAAAGGGAUACUUCCAGUUGCUUUACUGUAAUAUUAUAUGCUGACCAUUACACAGAGCAAACUCUACCACAUGGAGAAAAAACCCCUAAAAUAUCAAGAUCCUGCCAUUUAGCAAUGGUCUUGAUGUACAAUCAUUUUGUAGAUUACAACCUCGUGUGAUUUAAAUGGCUUAUUGUUUAAAUUAUUUAACUCUGGGAUCAAUGGCUCAUCAUUUUUAGAAGUUACAUUUCAUAAAAUUGUAGCUAAAAAUAUCAACAAGGAUUUUAUCUUUGAGGAUUGCGGUGAAUACCACUCAAACACUGGAAAUAGUUGAUCAACUGUUUUAUAGAGCUUCCUUGAUUUUCUUAGAGAAAAAAAAUGAUUGCUUGGGCUUUGUGAAUAGCUUAUGGAGCAUGAAUUGGUAACUACCUGGCAGCUACUUUAUUUAUUAACGUACAUUUUAGGCUGCAACGGAUCAGUAGACUUUCUAAAUCCAAACAAAUCUGCUGCUAGAUCUCAACGUUUAUGACAACCUGUUGAAAAAAAGUAACUGUAAAAUGUAUUCAUUAUGCUGAAGAUGUAACUUUUACAAAUUUGCUGGCCAUUUGGAACACUUUCUUUCUGGCUAUUAGAGUUUGACUUUUUAAAAUCUGUUCAGAUUUAUAACAAUACCCAAUUUGCCUUAUAGACACUUUCAGGAUGCAAUUAAUUUCACCCUCUUACCUUUAAAGCUGCAAACUCUCAUUUUACAAUUUUCAUGUUGAUAUGAAACAGUUCAGAUAUCACAGCUGCCUGAUUUAUGUAAAUAUUGCAGUUCAAAGGACAAGAAAUGCUAGAACUUGGUAUGUGCUAUUUCGUAUUAUGGGUUCUGUCCACUAGUUUAUUUUCUGAUAAUAGAUGUAAAAUCAAAAAAGUGGGGUAUUGCACUUCAAAACGUGCAAGUUAUUCCAAUUCCAAGUAGUGUUUGGGAUGUGUACUGAGCUCGGUAAACUGCUAAGCAUUGUAUCAUGGGAGUGCAGCCUGGGUGUUUGCCUACAGUCGAUGUUACUGUCAAUUUAUUGAUCUACUUUCAUUUCCGAUCUGUUUCCAUUAUUCGAGCUCUCUCUGCAGUCCUGUAGCUCACCCCAGUUGGCUCAAUCUGGCCAUAAGCUUGGGUGAUGGUUGGUGCUAGAGUUCCAGGCAGGGUAAAUGCUUCAACAGCAUUUGAAAUUGGGUGCAAGAGGCUACAUUUCCUCACAGUACAUGGGGAAGGGAUCAGUGGGAGGACUCUGUAUUCCUACUGAUUGUGCCUGUUUUUACACAAAUUGUUGUGUGCCAGUAGUCAUUCACAACCAGAGGAUUAUCAAAGGGAUCCAGUGAUGAUUCAGAGUUUAGGGAUGUAUUCUUUGCAAUCAGAAUGUCAUAUCAUUUUGACUUAUCUGACAAUUAAACUAGUGUAAAAACUGUUCCAGUUUUUGACCAGAAACCAGCUGAUUCAUCUUAUCAGUGUUAACGUGUAUUUUAAGAACUAGCUACUUUUUUUGCAUAACAAUGUUAGAGUAUCAUCUUUUUACCUCUGUUCAAAUACAAUUAGUUUUUGGAAAGUUUAAUUACUGUACAUUCAAUGUCUGAUUCUUACCCUUGCUGCACAAAAUCAUGAUAUACUGUGCUUUGAUUUUUUUUGGUAAAGUACGUAAGCUAUUUGUACCACUUUGUAAAUCUGUCAAAGGUCUUUUCACUUGAAGAUGCUGCUUUUAUAUAUUUGUUUAGUUGUAUUUUUACUGCAGUUUGAGACUUUGAAUAAUAUUUAUGUAAAAUCUUAGGUAUUAAAUAAGAACGUAUUUUAUAUUAUGCCAAGCAGGCUUGGUCCAUGUCGAGUCCCAGAGAAGGAUCAUGGAAGUCCUUUUUGGGAAGCUCAGAGUGCGUAUAUUGCCUAUUUUGAUUUCCUCCCAAGUGUAUCUUUGGUUCAAAAACCCUUAAAUAUUAAAAACAAUUAUUCAUUUUGAUUUCACGGUUAUGUCUUGACAAAAUAAUAAUUGCAGAAGCUGAUUCCCUUUAACAGUUGAAUCUGAAAUCAUUUCUUGGAAACAAGACCUGAUCGGUGCACUAUUGAACUCGAGUUAAAUAAUCUCUCCACUUCGAAUGUACACCAUAAUCAUGGGAACAUGACCAAGCCAAAUGGCCCCUUUAGGAUAUUCAAUGAGUUGGAUUAUGACCAAUUUGAUCUUCAAUAACCUUGUGACCAAUAAAAUUGAUUAAACCAUCAUUUGAAGUACUUAUUUAUAAAAUCUGUCACAUUUAACCUGAUCCCCAAUAUAUUUAGGAAAAUUGUUCCAUCUAUCCACUAUUUGAGAAAAACACUUCCUGAUUUAAAAAAAAAUUCUGAAUGGCCUUGCUCUGAUUAGAUGUAAGAAAUCGAGUACAGUGUUUAAUGUUAAUUGCCUGAAUCUGACCAAGUACAAGCUAUAAACAGAUCUCUAAUGACCAUUUUAAAAUUAUUUUCCUUCAGUAAACUACCUGAUUCUAAUAAGUAUUCCUUCUUCAGCUAAAUAAUUUUGGAUCGGUCUUUUUGAAGUUUUUAAAUGAAAACAAUAUAAUGGGAUUUUAUCACAGGGUGUAGUAUAUCAGGUAUGAAUACAAAUGAACUUGGCUGUUUAACCCAUGUCGUAUUAAGUGCACCCAGGCAAAGUAUUAGGGGGCAGUUCAUAGCAUGGAGUUUCAUACCCAGCAAGAUUUGGUGGAGAUUACGUUUUCAUUUAACACUUAUUAUUCUUUUUCUCAAUUAAAAUAUCAUUACAGUUUCCAUCUAUUUCCACCCACCGUCCAAAUAUCACAAUAACAAAUCUUUCAGCCAAGUCCUUGUUCAAGAUUCAAAUUGGAUGAUUAAUAAGAAGUUUGGGAUGUAGUGAAAAAUUAAGCCCAAACAAAAAAUAAUUUAGCCUAGUGACAGCAGAAGUUAAAAUGCUACUUUAUUGCAAACUCUUAUGCAUCUUGGACCCUGCAUUGAAUUGUAAACAAUGGCUAGAGUAAAGCAGGCACCAACAUAUUCUUUCCACAGUGUGAAUUAGACUGUUUCUCUGCCUGUACCCUAUUGAGACAAUCAUAAGGAAAUUGAAUUAUUUUAAUCCUACACACUUUCAAAGAUGAUGCAAAAUGUAAAUAAUCAAAAAUCCAUACAAUUCAUACAUUGCAUCUAUUCCAGUCAAAACAAAAAAGGUAUUUGGUGUAGCCCGAUUACCAUUCUUUGCCCUGCAGUGUUGUAGAUCACAGCAGUUUAAAUACUAACUGCAGAUAUUAAAUGUGACCUUCUACCGUACCUACAAGAGGAAGAUGAUUGGACUUUUUUGCCUUCCAUCACAGUGAGGAAUGUGGGGAAUCCGCUGUGGUGGAUGUUUAUGUUAACUUUUAUGUAGUUAUGUGUCUUGUUGCUUUUUUUUCAUUUGGCUGUAUGGUAAUUUGCAUAUCACUGUACCUUAAUUGGUACACGUGACAAUAAAAGACCUUUGAAACCUUUGAGUUCCAAAAACUCCACCAUUCCUCAACCCCUUUUAAAUCCUCCUUAUCUAUUAACUGUGACCCAGUUAUGGACCUACUGGGGAAAUGGGAUCUUACUCUUUCUUCAUGCUGACUGGGCUAGUUACAAAUUUGACACCAUCGUUAAACCAUCUAUUGCCUCCUUUUUUUCAGAUAAAAUGCCCACGGCCUAGACAACCCAACUCGCUGCUCACAUAUCUAAAUUCCUUCACAACUGGCAAUAUCCUAGCAAAUCUUAAAAGUGUCCAAGAUCGCUCUCAGAGACAGGAAUUAUGUUAGAAUGUAUUCAUUUACAAUUGCAAAUAGAUUUGAAAACUUGUCGUUGAUGCAAAUUAACAUCUAUUUUUAACACUAACAUUACCAGAGGCCAGUGCUUAUGUUUUUUUUUUAACUCAUUAAUCUCCAUAUUAAGUUUACAGGAGUGAGCUAUGGGACAGGCUGACAAAGCUCCAUGCACUAAAAGGUACACCAAUGCCCUGACAGCAUCUGGAUUUGGAAUAAUCAUGGAAUGAAACCUUUCUAAACAACUUGAAUUAUAACUGAUUUAAUCAUAUAGGCUUGGUCCCUAAUUUACCUCCAACCUUUCCACAAAAGUAAUGUAAUAACCAAUUAUUUCUACAGCUGUAGUGUUGUGGUAUGUCUUACUGCUGGAUUCCCAUGUUCUCUUCUAAACAAUAAGUGAUCUGAAGCACCCUUUUGAAUUCUCCCUUCUAUCCAGAAAUGAUCACUGUGAUCUUUUUGCAUCUUUUAUGACACAGGGAAGCCCUUUUCAUCAAAUAUAAAUGUUUAGGAGGUCUCUUGAAUUUAUCAUCCCUGUUGCCUUCAAAGAAUGUAUUUCACUACCACCCUUUAGUAGGAAUUACCCAUUGCUAUAGUGAAAUUAAGUUUCCUUCUGCCUUCCACCACCUAAAUCUCUACUAGAGUGAAAUAUAUAUAUUUUUGGAUACAAAAAGAUGGUGCAUCAAUUCAGUAUUAACUAUCAGUUUUCUUUCCAACAAAACUCCAAACCGCUUUGGAUGUUUGUCCUUCCACAUGCAGGGCUGAUAGUGUGAAAGAUUGAUGCAGUAUCACAUUGUUUCUGUGCCUUAGUUAAAGUUUACUUCAUUAGUGGGUCAGAACAAAGCCAGUAAUGUUGGUAAUUGAUUGAAACAUAACAUAUUAAGUGAAGCUCUGAUUACCACACAUUACAGCUCAAAAUGUUGUUGCCAUAUUGUGUGGAUGUUCUGAUUGAGAUAAAUAACGAGUUAAAUUUCACAUUCCAAAAAUCUAAGCUGCUGAAAUAGCAGAAACAAACUGCAAAGCAUUUGGUUAAAAAACAGGUAACAUGUUGUUAAAUCACUUCUCAUUGGGUUCAUUAUAAAACCUUGUUGUAUGUACCUUGGUGUGGUCACGAUACCCAUGUGUGUCUUAAAGGGAAGAUGUUUAAAUAAUAAUGGUAUUGUCAGUUGGAUUAUGUAAACUGACAACUUGACCCAGUGGGGCUGGAUGUAACUGGACUGUGCUCUGUCAGUUUUACUUGUAUUGCAGGUUUGAUGGUGUUCACAUUCCAGAUAGAAUCUCACGUGCUGCUUGGAAUUGAAUGUUAGUACUGACAGUACAAAUCAAUAUGUGUACUACUGAAUAUUUUUCUGUAGCUAUCAAUUUUUGUAUUUUGUAUUUGACACUCGUGGUACUGUCAAGGAAAAAAAAACACUGGAUCACUUUCUACAAAAGGCUAUUUGUAUGAGAUUAUUUUGCUGUUCAGAGAAUGCUGGCCCUUUUGGCCAUCAUCAGAUGUACCCGUUUUAAUAAAACCCAAAUUUUUCAGUAAA